AUGGAUAAAUAUACCCUGUUUGUGACGGCGCUAAUGCGGUCGACCACGUGGUUCAUGAUAUGUAUGCGGGCGUCCGUUAAUCUUCACAACAGUAUAUUCACGCGUCUAAUGCGGGCACCGAUAGCCGUGUUUGACAACAAACCUGUCGGUCAAAUGCUAAACCGAUUCUCAAAAGACAUGGGAACUGUCGACGAAAUGCUUCCCUUCACUGGUUUUGACUUAAAUAUUAUGUUAUUAGAAGCAAUGGGUAUAAUAAUAACGGUGGACAUUGUCAACGUCUACCUAAUCAUCCCGGCGAGAAGUCCAGUGUUUACUCACGUGAGCACAACCCUUAAUGGGUUGGUCAGUGUGCGGGCCUAUGGGGCACAGGAGGCCUUUGAGCGCCAGUACUAUGUCUACCAAAAUGACCAUACUGCCACCUGGUUCCUUUUUGUCUGUGCAUCCCGUUCUCUGGGUCUCAUAAUGGACUGGCUCGGCGUAGGCUAUAUCCUGGUCAUAGCCGUAGUAAUGAUGGUAUUCCCCGAACAGAUUGGGAACGGCGGUAGUGCCGGACUGGCCCUCUCGUCAGUUUCCAAGAAAUAA